AUGCAGGGUUUAGCUGACUUAGUUGCAGCCGGUAUUGGCGAGUCUCUCCUAGAGAAGCCUAAAAAUGGCAUACACAGCGAGGAUGUUAAGCUCUCACUCGUGCAUAGGGGUCUUGGUCUUCAUAACAUAAUAUUCUCUGAAUCACUAACACCGACUUUGAAGGGGAUGAUCAACUGGGAAUUUGUUGGCCAUGCCCCGGCCCUAAUCACCAUUCCGGCUCUUAUCGAACCGACUUUCGAAUUAGCCAAGUCAGAGAGCUGGGCAACUGCGGCCGACGAGCUUCGGGAGGCCUUCUGGGACGAAAUCCCGCAGUGGAAGCACUCCAUGGGAUCCAAGGGUUCCCAGAUUUUCCUUGACCUGUAUUCCUUUGGGCUUUACCUAAAGGCGGACACCCUUUCAGAUUCAAAAGCGAAUUUGGCCGCGAAGGAGCAAUACUAG